AUGAAACUAUCAGGUCUUCAGAAGCAAGUCAUCCACCUAUACAGAUCAUGUAUGAGGCAAGUCAAGCAUAAGCCUAUAGAUACUCAACAUCAUUGGAGGAAGUUCAUACACGCGGAAUUUGUCAAAUAUAAGGCCAUACCCAAGAAACAGUUUAGUGCCAUAGAACAUCUACUUAGAUCUGGAGAUCGAAGAUUAGAGAUGUUUCUGAAUCCCCAAAUUAAGGACAUCAGUUAA